AUGCUCUCUCAUACCCCACAUGUCCGCGCCGCGCACGCCAUGUCCAACUGCCCGUUCUCCAUGCGACCCCAUCUCCCACAGGGCGUAGAAGACGCGUUUCCCGCCAUGGCGGUCCCAUCCCAGCUGACGUCACCCCUGCUGGCAGCCAAUGGGGGGAGCAGCCCGCCGCCUGCAGCAGCUGAGAGCACCCCGCCCACCAGCGCUGCCGUGUGGACUGCUGCCGCCCUGCCCUUCCUCUUCCCGGCGCUGGGCGGGGUGCUCUUCGGCUACGACAUCGGCGCCACCUCCAGCGCUCUGCUCUCCCUCAAGGACCCAGUGCUGUCAGGCACGGACUGGUUUGACCUCUCCUCCACGGCUGUUGGCCUCGUGGUGAGUGGGUCGCUGGGAGGAGCGCUGCUGGGCUGUCUGCUCGCCUUCCGCAUCGCCGACCCUCUCGGGCGGAGGAGGGAGCUGGUGCUGGCGGCGGGGCUCUUCUUCACGGGAGCGCUGCUCACAGCCUCCGCCACCUCCCUGCCUGCGCUGCUGGCUGCUCGCCUCGUCUACGGCUCCGCCAUCGGCCUUGCCAUGCAUGCGGCGCCCAUGUACAUAGCGGAGACCAGCCCACCGGCCAUACGGGGCACGCUCAUCGCGCUCAAAGAAGCCUUCAUUGUCGCCGGCAUCCUC